UGCGGGGGGUGUUGAACAUGUGUACAUGUACGUAGGUCUGGGUAUUGUAUGCGACACCUGUAGUAUAUCUCUCCCCUGUAUGUACUUGUAUCUUGGAAGACAGACACCGGUAUAUAUGUGUGUGUGUGUGUGUGUGCGCGCGCCUAGUGCACGAUCAAUCAAUUAUCGAUGCACCAAAUCAUUCUCUACAAAUUGAAUUGGUUUUAGGGAAAAUCGGUGAGACAAAAAUCAAAGAUGGAAGGAAAAAAAAUAAGGAAGGGGGGCGUCUACAGAAAUUGGACGAAGGAAAGUUGAAACAGAAAUCUUAAGUUUUUCAAGUGCAAAAAUAAAAUAAAGUACAGAUAAAGGGCGUUAACAUGCAAAAAAAAGGCGUUAACAUGCUAUCUACUACUAUUUGGCAUCCACCACUGGUGGUACGCAAAAAUCUCCUGGCCUCACGCCAUUCCUAAAUAAAGAAAGCUCCUGCCUCACACUCCAUGACACACAAAGCAUCAACCUCAGCAGCAGCUGCAACAUCUAUUCGAUCGCCUCGUCCCCCUCCAAACCAAUCAAGAAGUUAGUCAGCAAUGGCUCUGAGCAGAACCGCGAUGAGCGUGUCUUUCCUCGUCGCCGUCGUGGUGGCAGCCGCAUCAGUGCCGGCGGCUACUGCUCAAGCCCCAUGCGACAGCGCUUGCCGUCUCAAGGCGGCGGCGGAGGCUUUCACUGCCGCCCCGCCCACCGAGAAGGCCGCCGCGGUCGAGAUCUUGAGCAACAAGAGUGAAGGUGCCGUCUCCUCCGCCGAGUCCGCCAACCAGGCUGCUGGGCUGGCCACCCACUGCCUAGACGAUUGCACCAAGCUCUGCGGCACAGGCAAGAAAGACCUCGCGUGCAGCGCAAGGUGCGAGACCAUCUGCCGCGUCGAAGUCGAGAGCCUCUCCUUCGCCGCCGACGUGUACGCAAAGAGCUCGGCGUCGGAGAAGACGGCCGUGAUUCAAGCCAUCGACAAGCAGGCCCGCCAGCCAAGCGACAAGAUCAACGCGAUCGCUGCCACCUGCAUCGGUGAGUGCGGCAAGUUCUGCGCCGAGGGCAAGAAAGACCCUGCUUGCGCCACCAUUUGCGAGGACGGUUGCCGUGGCAGAGCCGUGAGCGUUGCCUUCGCUUUGGCCACUCCCGACAAGAAAGAGACCAUCAAGAAAGACAUCGCAGCCGUCGCAGGACUUCCCUAAAUAAGGGCUGGGAUUGCGUGAACAGAGCCCUGUCCAGCAAAGCGUUCACACAUGCAACGCAUGCUUCGUUAAAUGUUUGCUUCUCUUUUUUGGAGUUGAUUUUUUUAGGCACUAGUACUUGUGUAUUCAGUUUUCUAAUGUGGAUUUCCUAAUUAUCAUCUCGAUAAAAGAUUACAUAAUUUUGCUAAAGCACAUCUAAAUGUGACAUCUAAAUCCUACUCCCUCUGUCCCAUAAUAUAAGAACUUUUUGACACUAGUGUAGUGUCAAAAACGCUCUUAUAUUAUGGGACGGAGGGAGUAUAUCAUUGAUCUUACGCGAAAAUUCAUGCGAGUAUUUUUUUUUCAUUUUCAUUUUCUUGUUUACCCUUCAUUGAGUCACUUAGAUGUGCAAUAACUAGGCCACAUCUAGAUGUGCCCUAACAGACCCAAAAUUAUAAAUAUAUUUUCUCUUACGUCAUUUUCUAAUGUGAAGACUCAUGAAAAAAAUGCGGAAGAACUUUCAAUCUAUUCAUUUUCAAUCAUGACAGUACAACGAAUAUAAAAACUAAUAAAAUCUACAUCGAGAUCUGUAGUCCACCUAACGACAUCUACGAGCACUAAAUCGAGCCGAAUGCACGCCGUCGUCAUCGCCCCUUCUUUGAUGGAGUCGGGCAAAACUUGUUGUAGUAGACAGCCUGGAAGUCGUCGUGCUAAGGCAUCAUAUAACAAGCGCGCCAGAACAACAAUCAUCGAGAUGAAGAGAAGUGUAGAUCGGAAUGAUCCAAAUUGAAGACACACGAACAUAGACGAAUGAAUAAUUCACAAAAUAUUAAUCCCAUGUCCUAUUUGUCAACAAUUUCACGUCAAAUAAAUAUUUUCCCUAUGCAUCCACCUUUUGUGUCUAUGCAUUUGAGAACUAAUUUUGAGAUUCAGUUAUUAUGUUUUUGUCUAGUUUUGUCAGAGUGGAAUCUACUCCUUUACAUAAAUUGAAGCUGUAUAUUUUCAAAUGUUAUAAGAAAAUUCAAGUAUGCUUCCAUUUACUUUGUUACACAUCAGUACAAGACAACUAAAUAGGGAACGCUUCACUUUCAAGUUGUCUAGAUAUGAUAACGAAAUCUUUCAAUGUACAUUUCAAUGUGGUGUCAGGUGGUUGCUUUGUCAUUUAUAGUACCUUAUUCCAUUUCCCAUUGUUGUUUGUACAUGUAUGUCAUCGCUCUUUUUUCAUGUCGAGCUCAUCGAUAUGAAUCGACACACCCAGAAGUUUAAUCACUUAAAAUUCUUCAUAAUAUACUGACACAACGUGUGAGGCAUCAUCUAGUAGUUAAAUAAAAUCAAGGCAUCAUCUAGUAGUUAAAUAAAAUCAAGUAUACGUCCAACAUCACAAACAUAGAUUAAGAGGAACCAAAAUGGCUAAUACAACAUGGUGGACCGGCUAAAACCCCAUAGGGCCACAUAACUUUAUACGGAUUACUCACUACAUCUUUACCCUUCUACUAGUCCUUCCCUAAGAAUAAGCCUCGCCGCUUGCCAGCUCAGCCCUUCCUCCCGCACGCUGCCAAGCACUGUCGCUGCCAUGGGCAUUGCCCAAGACGGCAUCAUUGCGAUACCGCCACAAGCAUCAAAGAAUCAACAUGAUGGCUAAAUAUGCAUCUGCGGGGAGCUGCCUUUGUGGCUCCUUGUCGACCCACCAAUCCACCAAAUCCGCAUCAAUCUCGGGGAUCAGUGUGCCUUACCCCAACGAGGAAGGGUCACCGUCCAAACCUCCUGAGCAAGCACACAACCAAGAAGAACAUGUUGCAAGUCCUCCGGCCCUUGGUCACGGAAGGGGCAUAGCGUCGGGUUGCAUUCUCCCAAUAAACAAAGCAUCGCAGACAAAUCUAGCCGAGAAUCUACCGUCCUUCUCCCACGCCAAUUGCAGGUUGUCCUUCGCAUCAGCGUAAAACUAAAAGCCCCCAAGCAAAGCUUCGAGUUGAAGGAACUCUACAAUCACUUUCCCUGCCAUGUUUGGGCACACAUCAGUCCACUAUCCAUUGUCAAUGAGUCCAUCCCUAACCAAAAGAGAUCGGACAGUUUGCUUGUCCACACGGGCAAAGAGAUGCAGCGCAAAGUCUCUGACGCAACCAUCUUCGUGCCAACAAUCCUCCCAAAAGAGGGUCUCCGUCCUUUCCCUGACCGUGGAUUUCAUAGCCCCAUAGAAAAAGGCUAUGGCCUCCUCGAGGACUUGCAUGUUAAAUUCCUUCCAUGGUUUCUCGCCGACUACCCUAUCCAUCCAUGGCCAUCUAUUCCAGAGAGCCAAGUUUAGUAAUUGCAGGUUCGGCAAACCUAGGCUACCUAUCCUCUUCGGCAAACAUACCUUGUCCCAGGACACAAGGCAAUGGUUGCCCUUUACGUCCAUUCUUCCGACUAGGCAGGGAGAUCUAACGCUAGAAUCAUGUGCACCGGCAUCGUUCUGAGCGUGGUUUUGACGAGCAGAAUCUCACCACCAUGGAAUAGAAUGGAGGCACGCCAUCGCCGAUCAACCACAUUGUCCACUAGAUUGUUGUAGUUGCGUCGUCCUAGUUUUCCUUAGCCUCAAGGGAACCCCGAGAUACUUGCAUGGGAAGGGGAGGAUUGGACAGUUGAGCUCCUACCUGGCAACCUCGCUCUCCUCUGAACUACAUUUGAUGAGGUGGGCGGAGCAUUUGGGAAAGAUUUGCGCAUAGCGCCGAGGCCACCUGAAAGUCACUCGCCAUGAUGCACUAACUUUAAAGUUAGAACGUUCACUUGAGACGCGGCUGUUCUAAUCCCGAGCUCAUGUGAGCUCGGAUGAACAUUAAAUAAAAAAAUAGUAGAAAUAAAAAUUAAAAAAUUCUGAAUUUCUAUUAUGUGAAACAUUGACAAAAAGAAUUGUUGGCUUGCAAAAUUGCAUCAUCGCAUGACAUUCGUGGAAAUCGUGGCAAAAAAAAUCGAAGCAUUUUGGAGCAUCGAUUUUUUUACCACAUUUUCCACAAAUGUCAUUUCAUGAUGAAAUUUUGUAAGCUAUGAAAACAUUUGUCAAUGUUUCACAUAAAAAAUAGAAUUUUCUGAUAUAUAUUUUUACUGUUCACCCGAGUCACAUUAGCUUCGCUUAGAAUAGAACUUUCGCGUUCACUCGCUAACUUUUCCACUUAUUUACGAGGAAAGUAGCACCGAUAUUUAGCAGCACCCACUUGUAGACAACCAUUGAUCGUCCAUUGAGGAUGCAAGAUGGAACUACAUACGGAUUGGCUGCCCAUAAUUGGUCUAUAUAUUUUUAGAAUGGACAUAUUUGUCUUGUGGGGGUACGCAUAAGCUCUGGUAGAAAGCCAAACAAAUACUAGUGGGGAGAGGCUCUUGUUAAUUGAUUUAGUUGUAACAACUCAUUAAACUAGUUAGAUUUGUUCAUCGAUCACGUACGUCACCGGACAAAUCAAGAGCGCCCAACCUACCCACCCACCUAGCUCAUGAGCAACAUAUAUAGCAAACUAGCUCAUCGGCGGAGGCCUGUCUGGCCGGCCGGCGACCGAAGACGAAGAGACCCUGCGAGAUCUGGCGGAGGGCGAUGGCGGCAAGUGCCCCGCCGACGUUCUCCAGGGGUCCUACUUCAUGUUAGACUGUAUUUUGUAUAGAACUUCUGUGUAUAUCCGUAUAUUGUAUUUGUGUACAAUAUGUACCCUUAUAUAUAAAAGGAGCCACACCCGCAUUAGGGUGUCGAGCAGUUUCCCACAAAUCAUAAUUGUUUACAUGGUAUCAAUUUAGGUUACGAACAUGUCUUCCGCCGCCGCUACUGUCCCGAUCCCAUCUGCACCGGUGGCCGCCACCGCUGCCCCGCCCGCUGUCCAGCCAUUAUAGAAACCGACUGGGCAAGCCUGGCUACAGAGUUGCAGCAUCUAGUUUUACCUCGGUCGGCGAUACUUGUUGACAUCAAAGACAUGGCGGAAAAUUGCUCCUCCUAGUGCGUCAGGGCUAUCAGCAGAGAUUGCAAUAGGCUGGCGCACGGACUAGCGGCACAUGCUAGAACUAUUGGGGAUCAGAUCAUGUUGGAAGACGUCCCAGCCCAGCUCCAGGAUGUUACUAUGUAAUGAUCGCAUGAUGCUGAGUUUGUAAUGAGUGUUUUUACCCUACGACUCUGAGCUUGCACGUCGCCUGACCAACCUCCAAAUGCAUAUGCAUAAGUUUGCACGUCGCCGGACCAACCUCCAACUGCAUAUGCAUAUGGAGCACGCUCUCUAUGCAAUAUGUCAGGCCGUAGAUAUCAUGACUUUACACACUCCAUAUGCAAUACGACGACAACAGAUAUGUCACUCUGCUAGAGUUGCGCUCCAUAUGCAAUAUGAUCUGCAAAUAUGACGACGUGCUCAUAUGCCGACUACAUACAUGGCGGUCAACUAGAGUUGAUGUAAGGCUGGCUUCCACAGUGACGACAUAAAGCUCGCUGGCGGGAUCAGGCGCAGGAAUACCAGGCUGGCUUCCACAAGGAAGACAAGGCGAGAGAGACAGCGGCCAAAGGAAUACUAGCAUAGAUUUAAUCGGGAAAACUAAGCUGUCUAAAACAUUCAGUGCAGGUCCUCAGCUACCGUCAUCUGAAAAUGGACCUUUUCAGGAAUGGACUGCCCUCAAAUUCAUCAUCUAGAUCAAAUAAAUUAUUAAGGCGAAGGAUAGCAUAAGAUUCAAGUGACCCGAAGUUGCAGCAUACACGCCCUUGCGACACUGAAAUUUUGUCAGUGGGCAUAUCAAAGUGUAGUAGAUCAAAUCAUCUCCAUGGAGCAAAAGCUCACAAGUGUAGCUCAGAUCAGUAUUAUGGUACCAAAACAGCAAUCGAGGGUCGGCAUGUAUGUGGAUAGAAUAGUUUGAAGAUUGCUUAGUAUCAAGAAGACCCCUGCUUUGAUGCUCAAGCUUGAUGUGGAAAAGGCUUUUGAUACAGCCUCGUGGGAAUUCCUCCUAGCAGUACUGUCAACCAAAGGGUUUGACGGGAGAUGGAGAGAUUGGAUUGCUGUGCUGCUAGCCUCAUCGUCGACUAGGAUACUGGUAAACGGCGAGCUCUAUGAAAAGAUUACUCACCAGCGAGGGCUCCGCCAAGAGAUCCAUUGUCCUCUAUCCGGUUUGUGCUGGUAUUGGAUACUCUUGCGGCCAUGCUCAAGACUGCUGAAGAAGCUGCGGUGUUUACCUCUCUUGGUCCCAAUAUCCCCAGGAUUAGGGCCUCUUUCUAUGCCGAUGAUGUGAUCCUUUUCAUUGGUCCGCACGCCUAUGACAUUCAUGCUACGAAGAUCAUUCUUGAUAUCUUUGGUUAUGCGAGUGGCCUCAGGACCAACUAUGCAAAGAGCUCCAUUUUCCCUAUCCGAUGUGACAACAUUGAUGUCUAACAGUUGACUGCGGAGCUGAACUGUUCGCUCAAGGAGUUCCCAUGCACCUACUUGGGCAUGCCUGUUCGCUCAAGGAGUUCCCAUGCACCUACUUGGGGAUGCCCUUCGGAUUCAAGAGAUUGAAGAGGGUCCAUUAUCAGCCCAUUUUUUAUUAAGCUUCAAGGCUGUGUACAAUAGACCCAAAGCGGUCGAACCCUUCCCCGGACCCUGCGCUAGCGGGAGCUACAUGCACCGGGCUGCCCCCUUUCAAGGUAAAAACAACUUCAUGGAACAA